AUGGCGACACUAGAGGAGUUGCGAAAGACCGUCGAAGAACUGCUCGCACGCAACACGAGGCUAGAGAAUGAGCUACAGGCACGGACUACACGCGCGGACGCCGCGCAGCCGCAGACAGCUCAGGACAAUGUGGCAGCUCUCUCGACGCAAGUCGACCGGUUGGCGCGCUCGCAGCAAGAGGGCACCACGCGCCGCAGCGGCAGCAGACCGGGCGACAGGCGGCGUGGCUCGCGCAGCCGGCAACGCAGCAACAGCCGCUCCAACGGUACCCCGCCGACGUCACAGCACGCACAAAGCGGCUACUGCUGGUACCACGCCCGCUUCGAUGCAAGUCUCCCACGCGACGCCGUGGCACCCACUCUGGCGGAACGUCUGCGCAGUCACAUGGCCGGCCUCCGAGCGCACGCACCGACGCGGCACGGCACCGGGAAGAUAUUCGUCCACGCCGACCUGCAGCGCUGCACGCACGUCAUGUUGCGUACCGACGCAGUACGGCCACCUCUCCGACCGCCCUACAGUGGACCGCACCGCGUGAUCGCCCGAGGAGACAAAACGCUGGUCCUCGAGUGCAACGGAAAGCCGUCGACAGUGUCAGUCGACCGCGUCAAACCAGCCUACGUCUUGCCCGCUCCAUCAGCCACGCAUUUCUUCGACCCGGCAGAAGAUCUGAUCACGGACGACACGCCCUCUGCCAGCGGUCAGACGGAACCAGCACCCGGAGCCGCCGGUGACGCACAGCCGCAGCCUGCCGUCAUCGCGCCGCCACGUGCGCCUCCCUCCACCACGCCCAGGCAGCUGGUACGGCCGCCCGGACCGCGCCCACCACAGGCGCACCGGUCGCCCCCACCACAGCCGCCAGCGGACUACGUCACGCGCGCCGGCCGCCGCGUCCGAUUCAAACGGCCGUGCUGCGUCGCCAGCGCGCCACGACACCCAAACCGGCAAUCACGCGCCCGAGCCACCGAACGCCGUCAGAAUUCGGCGCCCACGAGCCGCCGUCCGCUGUAG